UAAGGUCACGUGAUCCCCGGUAACUGCCGGAAGUUCAACUUCGUCACACCCCGAGAGGUUCCUACGCUGGGAGGCCACGAAACGCCGCGGUUCUUACCCCAUACAUGACAACCAGGAUUAGGACCCUGAAUCCAUCCAUCGCGUCGCGCAUAUCGCGUGCAUGUCCACCAAACAUGCUCAGGAGUAGAGCAAAGGGGCAUCUGUCUCACAGUGUAGUGCCGCGGCUCGCCGGCGAGGUGAUGAUUUUAGCGGUAUUCGUACAGCGAGGAGUCGGUGUUCACACCGGGAGGUGUAUCAGCGUCCAUGCCUGUAGCCACGAGUUGGCUGUGUAUGUGAUGAGCGAGGCAGGCGGUGGUGAUCUGCAAUGCGGUACGAGGUCGACUCUCACUGUAACGCUUGCGGCUAUCUGUCCGUGUUUUCCUGGCACUGCCCUCCCGCAUCCUCGCGCUGCCAUCUUCACUCCCCUUCCGCUCUUUGAUGCCCAUCUCACGCACCACUCUCCGGUCCGCUGCAGCGCGUCCAAACGUCCAUCGGCGCCCCUUUCAUGUCGUCUGUUCAGCUGUAGUACCUGCAGUCAGUGUCCCGGAUGAACGCCGGGUGCGCACUGGGUACGCCGGGUACGGUCAACUUCGGCCUCGCGCCGCGCGAAGCGCACUUCCCCCGAUGAAUUCCCUAGCUCGUCUAGGGACCGCGUCGCUGACAGCUGUGAGUAGGGAGAGCCGUCAUCAACGCAUAAAGGGCAGCAUCGACGCUUGGAAGGAUUUCUUCAAAGCCCAAAGAGGCUCAUUGGCACACAAUUCUAACUGGAAGGAGCAACAUCAGUGCGAAAGCGGCGAGGAGAUCAGCAUGCAGAUACCGUACUUCCUCAGCUGUGUCCGCGAGGGUGUGUUCACUUGAGACCUUCGCCGGCGGUCUUGGAAGACAGGC